AUGAAUGACUCUUCUCUACCAGCUCCUCUUGCCAAGAGGCUAGAAGGCAAGGUAGCUUUGAUCACCGGAGCAGCUAGUGGCAUCGGCGAAACCACUGCAAGACUCUUUGUUCAACAUGGUGCAAAAGUUGUAAUUGCCGACAUCCAAGAUGAGCUAGGUCACUCUGUGUGCAAUGAAAUCGGCUCCGAUUAUGUCCACUGUGAUGUUACUAGCGAGAUUGAUGUCCAAAAUGCCGUAGAGACUACAAUCUCAAAGCAUGGUAAGCUAGAUAUAAUGUUUAGUAAUGCUGGCAUAGCUGAUGCCAAGCUCGAUAUAAGCAUCUUAGCAUUUGAGUACGAAGAUUACAAGAAAGUUUUCGACGUGAAUAUGUAUGGUGCAUUCUUGUCAGCCAAGCACGCUGCAAAAGUAAUGAUCCCGGCAAAGAAGGGCAGUAUUAUAUUCACUUCAAGCUUUGCUUCGGUCUGUUAUGGGGCUAUGCUCCCAUACGCAUAUGCUGUGUCAAAACAUGCUCUGGUUGGACUUACUAAGAACUUGUGUGUAGAAUUAGGGCAAUAUGGAAUUAGAGUUAAUUGCAUUUCACCAUUUGGUGUAGCAACUCCAUUAUUAAGGAAAGGAUUGGGAGGGAUCGACCAGAAGACGGUGGAGGAGUUUAUUUGUACAUCAGCGAACUUGAAGGAGGCAGUGCUGAAAGCAAAUGAUGUGGCAGAGGCAGCACUGUAUUUGGGUGGUGGUGAUUCCAAGUAUGUUAGUGGACUAAAUUUGGUUAUCGACGGUGGCUAUAGCACCACCAAUGUGGCCAUAAGAGAGCAAAUGAAAGAAUAUUUCGGUUAAUAAAG